AUGAUAAUUGAUGGAUUGAAUAAUUUCCUAAAACGCUUAGAAAGUUUGAAAUGUACUAUAGUUUUUGUAGGUAAUUUUGUAUUUUUUAAGACAAUAAAAAAGUUGUAGUAUUAUUAUAGAAUUUAAUCUACGUAGAAUAUUCGACGUUAAUAAAGUAAAAAUGACAGAGACGGAUAGAGAAUCAAAUUUAUUUAUAGUAAACGAAAUAUGGACAUAUUAUUUUUGGCUCUUAUUGCAUUAGUAAUGGGGGAUUGGUAAGUCUAUUAUAAUGGUUUUCACUAAUCAACCUAUCUUUACUGUACUGCUAAUACUUGCCCCUAUUAAUUCAAAUAUAGUGGAACAUAAUCUAGUGCCCUAUUUACAAAUUGUACAAAUCCUUUAGGAACUGCAUUAGUUUUAAAAUCUUCCUAAAUGAUGGCUACACUAAGCGAAUAAGUCAACAACUUGAAAAUAAAUGGCAAAAAUCAUAUUUUAAAUUUUGAUAUAUACUUUCUAACUUAGUGGAAUGGGGAUAGUUUGAAAUUAGAGUAUAAAUCUUAAAUCUACUAGUUUUAAUUUACCACAUAAAAUCCUUUAUAAUUUAAUUCUGGAGGCUGUAAUUCAAGUUAAUAUUAAGUGAAAACAAUUAAGAUAGCAUUAGAAUAAGUCACUUCUUUAGCGAAUUUAAAAUUCAGUAUCGUUAACGAAUAAAGCUUGGCUUUAAUUAAAAAUGUUCAUUUUUCUUAUUAUUUAUGUCAUUUUACAUGUAAAACUUGUUCUGGAGAUAAUUAUAAUUAAUGCACAUCAUGCUUUUUAGGUGCUAGCUUAACUGAUGGUACAUGUCGAUGCCCCAUCAGAACUGUUUUAUCUGGUGAGCCACCUUCUAAUUAUAAAUGCAUGAGCAUUUGUUUGCUUGGAUCUACAGAUAAAAGAGAGAGAUAUUGCAAACCCUUCGAAAUACAAUACGCGCUUUGGCUUUAGCUUUAAACUUAUAGUUAUUCAUAGCUAAUUAAGUGGAACAUAAUUUAUGACCCUGCAAAUUUAAGCAAUAAUAAUAAAAAAUUGGGACCCUUUUUCGGAGUUUUCAAAAAUAAUGAAGGAGCUUAAAUAACAAUUAGUACGAGUUAAUUCUUCUAUCCCCUUAGUGUAUAAGUUUACGUUUUAUUUUGUAACGCCACUCCAAGCAACUCUGGAAUUUCAAUUUAUUUAAAUUCGACAUAUUAUUCUUCGUUUUAUUAUAAUGGAGCCAAUUUUGAAACAGAUAAUAUGUAAUUUUUUGCUUCAAAUAACGUACCAUUUAAUGGAUGCUAAACAGCUAGUUCGUAUUUAUUGUAAACAAAUCUUUAUGUAGAAUAAGGAAAUUUUAAUUUUUCAAUAAAAGGAAAUUUUACAAAUUCAAAUUCUGGAUGGUACAUUAUUUAUACUUUAAUUGCAUGCGCUUAAUGCCCUGCAUAUUGUUUAAAGUGUGAAAGAGAAUAUGAAUGUUCUAUUUGCUCAAGUGGAUAUAAAAUAACAUCAGAUAAAAAAUGUGUCUUAAAUUGCCCCAAAGAUUCAUUAUUCUCAAAUAAUAUUUGCGUGAAAUAUGAUUAAACCACAAAAUGUAUACUAUUUGAAAUAUAUUUAGAUUCAUAAUAUUUUAUGAGAAAAUUCCUUGAUUUUACAAUUCCAGAUAAUUUACCUGAAAUCUUUAUUUUAGUAAAGGGGAUUUAAUAUAUUGGUCUUACAUAACAUCAAAAGCAGUAUUUGGAGGAUAAUACGUUUGGGCAACCGCAAAAUUUUCUUAAACGUUUAUUGAGAAUAUUUGAUUUAUUGCCCUAUACAAUAGAUAAACCACAUCAUUCAUUAAGUAUUUAUUUUGAUGCAAUUUUUGGAUGUAAUUUUUAGAGUGGAGGAGGAUAUUUAAUAUACUCAAUUAAUACUACAGAAACUUAAGUGAAUCAGAAUAAAACAGUAAUAAUAAAUAUUCCAUAAUCUUCACCUACAUUAUUAAUAACUUUCGAGUGUUUUGGAUCAAAUAAUAAUGUUUAGGAUAGAUAUUGUGCUUUAUCUGAUUAUUAAAUAGUCGUCCAUUAUUGUAGUCCAUUUUGUUUAGAAUGUUCUGAUGAAAAUACUUGCAUUUAAAUGGCAACUUUUGAUACUUCAAUUAUUAAAUUAGAUCCUUCUCAAUGUGGUCUUUAACAAUUUCUCGAUUAUUAAUAUUUUAGAUGUGAGAGUUGUCCUUCAGAAUGUUUAGCUUGUUUUAACGAAUAUGAAUGUACUUAAUGCAUUUAUCCAUAUAAACUCCAUAUUACCAGAUGUAUAUUAACGUGUUCGACAAUUUAAUUUUUUAAUAUCCAAACUUAGUAUUGUGAAGACUGCAGUUUUAAAUGUAAAUAAUGUAGAAAUUCGAGAGAUUUCUGCAUUCAUUGUGAAGAAUAACAUUACCGUUAUUUAAAACUAAAUUAAUGUAUAUGUUAUGAUGGAUAUUAUGAUGAUAAUACAGGGGGUAAAUGUAGAGUUUGCAACAAAUUAUGUAAAAAAUGUUAUGGAUCAUCUAAUGAUCAUUGCAGUCAAUGUAUUUAGCUCGAUAAAAUUGAGAAAAAAGGUGAUGUUUGUGAUUGCUAAGAAGGAUAUUAUUUUGAUGAAUCUGGUUUUAAAUGUAACUUGUGCAAUUAAAAAUGUAAGACUUGCUUUUCAUCUCUUGAUAAUUCCUGUUUAAGCUGUAAUCCUAAUGAAUACAGAAGUUUAAAGGGAAUCUCGUGUAUAUGUUAAUUAGGAUAUUAUGAAGUAAGUGAUAUCUGUUAAACAUGCCCAUCAUCUGAAGAUGCAAGUUUAUAUUAGUGUUACAAAAAAUGUGGAAAUGAAAUACUUAAAUGGCAUAAUUAACCAUGUGACGUAGUUACUUGUUAGUAGGGUUUCUAGAAUGUUAACAAUGAAUGCAUCCCAAUAUGUGGUGACUUAUUAUUAAAAGGUGAUGAAGAAUGUGAAGAUGGAAAUUAAGAAAUUAAUGAUGGUUGCAAAAACUGUAAAUUUUAAUGCCCAAAAUAAUGUUUGACUUGUAAUCAUUUAACAGUUUUUCCUUGCCCAGAUGUAUGUGGAGAUGGAAUUACAAGUGGUCUUGAAGAAUGUGAUGAUGGUAAUAAUAUUUAAUUUGACGGUUGUUAUGAUUGCAAGUUAGAUUGCUAAGUUUAAUGUACAAAAUGUAUAAGAGGUUUAUGUUAUGAAUGUUUAACAUAUGGUUGGAUUAUCAACAUUGAUACACUGUAAUGUAUUGAGAACUGCGGAGAUUCAAUAGUUAUAGGGUCAGAAGAAUGUGAUGAUGGAUAUAAUCUGGACAAAAAUGAUAAUUGCUUUUAAUGUAAGCGACUCUGUAGGAAUGAUUGUAAUACGUGUAGUUCAGAUGGAAAGACUUGUUUGGAUUGUAAAGUUGUUGGAUUCAAACCUUAAAGCUAUUUUUGUGUUAAUAUUUGUGGGGAUGGGUACCUUGCAGUUGAUCCCUUUGGUAGAAGUACAGAGGAAUGUGAUGAUUUUGAUUUAAUUGCCAAUGAUGGAUGCAGCACGACUUGUAAGUUAUAAUGUUAAACUUCUAUUUGUUUGACUUGCCAGAGUGGAAAAUGUUAAGAAUGUGUUGAUCAUUAUUACCUAGAUACUAAAAGCAAUAAAUGUUUAGAAAAAUGCAAUGAUAAUGUAAAAAUUGGAAAUGAAAAAUGUGAAGAUAUGAAUACUUUACUUUAUGAUGGCUGUUAUAACUGUUAAUUAUCUUGUCAACCUAGUUGUUUGAACUGUCAAAUUAAUGGUUGUUUGUAAUGUUAAAUAGGAUUCAGGUUGAUUGAAAAUAAAUGCUAGAAUAUUUGUGGAGAUUAAGUAAUUGUUUCUGGGGAAGAUUGUGAUGACGGUAAUAUAAACCCUUUUGAUGGUUGUCAUUUUUGUUAGUUUCAAUGUGGUCCCAAUUGCUAAGAGAUAUAAAUCAUCACUUUCAUUAAUAUGUUAAUUAGGAUAUAAAAUAUUUAAUGGAAUUUGUGGUAUUUAAUAGAGAUAAAAUAUUUAAAUUACCCAAAAAGAAUAACUUUUAGAAUAAAAUCAUUUGAGCUCAUCAUAUAUAUAAUAUUGCAGCUAUUAUAUCAAUGA